AUGCCCCUCGCGAAGCUCAACACUCGCCACAUCCAGAACUUCAGCGCUGCCUCAAAAUUAGAGCCACAUUGGGGGUAUGCGGACCGCGCCUUGCCAUGUACCAGCGAUGCUGGUACUUGUGCUUACCUAGACGUGGUUUACACAUCCCACGACCAGGGAGUUCUAUACUCUGGCAUCAUGUGGUGUGUUAUCGGUGGGAUUUCCCUCGUUUGGGCUAUCUUUCACCAGGUGAGCAAAACGGCCACCCCUUCAAUUAGGGCUACAUCCGAAGUACCGAGGCUUCGCAGGGUUCAACAAACCUUCGCGUCUUUCUCCCGCCAGUAUCUCCUGCCUGAUGCUGCCCACGCAGUAUUUGGACGAACAACACGCCUUCAGGUUCUCAUUCUCGCCUUUUUGGUCACAUAUCUCCUGGUAUUCAGCUUUGUUGGCAUUUCCUAUAAUACGUGGAUCACUCCUGUAUCGGGCAAACCUGGCCUUUUUCAGACCCGCAGCAGCAUUGGACCCUGGGCAGACCGUAUUGGCAUUCUAGCCUUUGCUCUCACCCCACUUUCUGUCAUUAUGAGCACCCGAGAGUCUUUUCUUUCACUGAUCACUGGCUUGCCAUAUCAGAGCUUCAACUUCAUGCACCGUUGGCUGGGUUACAUCAUCUUUGUGCAGAGCUCUCUUCACACAGUGGGCUGGUGUAUAGUGGAGUUGAGGCUAUACCAGCCACAACCGUCCGUCAGUAUAGAGUGGAUUACGCAGAAAUACAUGGUCUGGGGAAUUGUCGCCAUGAUAUUGCUUCUUCUCCUCUUUGUACUGAGUACACCCCGGUGCAUCAGGCUCACAGGAUAUGAGACCUUUCGUAAACUUCACUACGUCCUUGCGACGGUCUAUAUUGGUGCAUGCUGGGGCCACUGGAAACAAUUGAAAUGCUUCCUUUUACCGUCAUUAAUCUUCUGGUUCCUGGACCGAGGCGCUCGUCUCGUUCGCACGGCGAUAUUACACUACCGUCCUGAUCACCCCGGGCUACUGGCUUUCAGCGCCGCAGAUGCAGCCAUCACUCGGUUUCCGGAUCAGGAGCAUGGAGAGGUGGUGCGGUUGGAUUUUGAAAAUAAACAGGACCUGUGGGCCGUUGGCCAGCACUAUUAUCUUUGUUUUACGCAGUGUAGCAUCUGGCAAUCCCAUCCAUUUACUCCUCUCAAUGCACCGAUGUGGGAAAAGGGCAAAGUAAAGCAUUCUUACCUGAUUCGAGCAAAAAGUGGCGAAACCAAGAAGAUCGCUUUGCAUGCUGAAAAUGGUCACCUUACCACCCCGGUCAUUUUAACUGGCGCAUAUGGCGACAGUAUCACAGGAGCAUUCACCCCGAGCACGAACAUUAUGUGUAUUGCUGGUGGCACUGGAAUCACAUAUGUGCUUCCCAUUCUGCUUGAACUUGUACGGCAACCCUCUCCGCCAAAUCGAAAGAUUGAACUUAUUUGGGCUAUUCGCCAUAGCUGCAAUACUGCCUGGAUUGCAUCAGAAUUGGACAUCCUGCAAAGGGCCCGCAAAAGAUUGAAUCUCCAUAUCAAGAUAUUCGCCACGCGAGACGCUAGUAUUGAAACUUAUCUCAUCAGCGACCACACGGACUACAAAAUUACCACGUCGGAGGUUGGCGACAAGGCUACCAGCGUUCCCAACCCUGAUACUCCUCUGAGCCACUGCAAUUCUGGAAACUCUCCAACGGUCAAUGAAUUGCAUAUGAAACAGAAUGCAGGUCGCAAUCACCCCGAUUUGGUAAACUUGGUCAAUGAAUUCUUGGAAGAUACGGUCCAAGGUCCAACAACUGUGUUUGCUAGUGGACCUGGUGAUAUGAUCAGCGAUUUGCGGAAUAUUGUUGCCAAUUCUAAUUCCGGUCCUAAAGUUUGGAAAGGAGACCAGAGGUUUGAUGUGAAUCUUGUGUAUGAUGAUCGUCUUGAGUGGUGA